AUGAUCCUUGUUGACGGCGUGGCUCAUUAUCCCAAAUGGCUGUACGAACCAAAGGACGCGCCACUGCACUUCCUCCAGAUCCUUCGGGAUUGGUACUUGGGGAUGUUCAAUGAUCCUUUUGUCCAAGAGGACAAGGCUCCCAACUGGCUUAAACCAUUCGUUUUUCUGGAGUUUACCUUCUUGUUCCCAACGGCCGUCUACGCUACAUACCGCCUCAGCCAAAAGAAGGGUACUACUGGCCAGCUUGAGCUGCUGUUGCUCAUCUACGGCUUCGAGAUGGCUAUCAGCACCUAUCUCUGCAUCAAUGAUAUGGCUCUCUGGGACCCUGUGGCAUACCCUACCGCUGUGAAAAAUGCAUUCAUCUACCAGAUCUACGGGCCAUAUGUUAUACUCCCCGGGUUGCUGUUCGUUGAUAUGUACUCGAGAUUGCUAGCUCGCUUUAACAGUACAGACGUUGCAAAAAAGACACAGUAA